UGGCCCCCACUCUCUAUUUCUCCUUCGGUGGCCUUCUUCAGAGACACAUCUAUCCAAUGAAUAUCUCUCCGCGGUAACAUUCUGCGAUGGCCUCACAAACGAGGAGGAAGGUGUUUUCGAGGCGAUCAAGAACCGGGUGUCGCACAUGUCGAACCAGACGCAUAAAAUGUGAUGAAACUCCAGGAUCAUGUCGCAACUGCGCAACUGCAGGAUGGAAAUGUGAAGGAUACGAUGUAGUUCGGCUCGUGCCUCCUGGGAAGGGCCAGGGAUCAGACACAUCUUUAACGCUCUACCAGCCCAGUCAAAUUUGCCCUGGAGAAAGUCCGGAAGAGCGAAGGGGUUUCGCAUUUUUUAUGACAGUCACCGUGCCCAAUAUGACUGGAUUUUUCGACUCAUGCUUGUGGGAAAAUUUGAUUCUCCCGAUGAGCCAUUCCGAGCGAGCAGUUGUUCACGCUGUCGUCGCACUCGCUGCAUUGCAUGAAGACCUUCAAUCGCGAGGAGCCCCUCUUUCACGCGAAAAUCUGGCAAACCGUCGCCAGAAGUUCGCCCUUGGUCAAUAUGGUCGAUCUUUGACCGCCUUGAAUGAACGGCGAUACUCGCAAGAUCCAAAGCUACGUGAUGUGAUUCUCGCUUGCUGCUUGUUAUUCGUAACGAUCGAUGUACUUCGUGGGCAAUAUGAUUCGGCUCUCUUACAUCUCAAACAUGGGCUUGCAUCCAUUGAGGAAGAGCGUCAAAUCUCCAGCGGGGGAUCUGGGUUCACCACUUGUCGUACGGCUGUUAAACAGAGUCUCCUAGCAACUAUGACUCGCUUGGAAACACAGUCUCUUUUCUUUGGGUUGGAUCCGCUGAUCAGCGCCACUUUGAGCUUCUCAGUUAACAACUCGGGUGGGUCUUAUUUCAAGACCCUCCAGGAAGCACGACGAGCCCUGGACAAGCUGUUGGCCAGCAGCGUUCGUCUAUUUAUGGCUGUUUACGAACUCCCAGCAAGAGCUCGUGUAGCAAAUUUGCAUCCUGACUUGGCAGAUACACAAAACGACCUAAUGGCUCAAUUACACGAGUUUGCGCAACAGCUUGACUGGUCCAUGACUCACUCCCUUCGUCUAGAAGGACCAAAAGAACGGCGGGGAUUAGACAUGGUUCUCUUGCAUCAUAUCACCUUCUCAAUAUUGGUGGAGAUCUCACUAUGCGUUGAGCAGCCCUCCUAUCACGACAGGUAUUUGAACAGCUUCCAACGAAUGAUGGCCUUGUCAAGGGAGAUAUCCCAAAGCUUCAAAAACGAAAACGGAUCAGGCACCAAGCCCACUUUGCUUCUGGACAUGGGCAUCAUCCCAUCCUUGUUCUUGAUAUGCUGGAAAUGCAGAGAUUCUAAUCUAAAACACCAAGCUCUUGAUGCUCUUGAAGAAUGGCCGCACCGAGAAGGUCUUUGGGAUUCACGUCUGCUUACAAUUUUCGCGCGGCAAAUCAUUCAGCUUGAGAAAGAGACCGCAUCGGAUGAUCCGGACGCUUGGUCACAAAUCCAGGACCAUUCUCUGGAAGUUUCAGAUGAUCAAUCAUACGCAAUACUCAAAUAUCAGACCUAUGGACCAGGAAAAGGAGCGCGGAAACAAAGAAGGGUCAUCCCACUUGAUGAAGAAACGUGAUUUGCGGUUUACCACAUCCCUCACACAAGGCUUAAUAGCGGAUACCCUUGAUAUGGGAGUACAUCAGGUUGGCAGGUUGUGUUUUCGGUGGGGUCCUGGCCAUCAAAGUACCUCUGAGCAUUGUCCAGCAAGCAUGGAGAUGGGCUGGCAAUUGCAAUGUGCUAAAUGAUUACCCGUCAGUCAGUGUUCUUUUUCGAAUGUCAACGAGUCAACCGCGCUUAUUCCAGCCAUGCCUUUUCCAGUACUACGGAGCCGAGAAAUACUGUUGUCAUGUUGUAUGCCCUGUAAUAUAGUUAGUUCAGUUCGUACAAUCCGGUGUCAAAAUCCCGACACGCGCUCCUUUGGGAGUCGCAGGAUCAAUCUCAGGAGUGACAAAAAGAAUAGGAAAUGCGAUUCUCUUUGUACUUAGUAUCGAAUCUAACUGAUAUCAGCAGUAUGUCAAGG